CAGGUAUUAUCCUUUGAUGUGUUCGAUCGAUUUUUGUGCACGAAAAUGGGUAGGAAAAAGUUCACAAAGAGGAGAAAGUUUGCUCAUGAUGGUGAAGAUGGAGAAGGUUCGGAUCCCGCGUCCACACAUGUUAAGGUGAAUGAAGCUCUAACGAAUGAAGACUUGUAUAGGGAAGUUCGAACGAGUGUAGAGGACGAAAUAGCUCCGGUUGGUAAUGGUGAGGGAUAUGGUGUGGAAGUCGCAAGAUUAUCCGAAGAAGUAGAUGAGAUCGACGGAUCUCCGGGUUUCAAUGGUGAGGGAAAUGAAGAAGUCGGACCGAGUGCAGGAGAAGGAGACACGGACUUGGGAAGAAGUCCAACCGACCACAUCGACGAAAUGAGCCGACGUGGAGAAGAAAAAGCCGCCAAUGAAGGAACGGGAAACACGAGUGUAGCUGAUUCGGUGGAUUUGGUUGAUCAGGUAAAAAACAUGAAAUCUGAAAUGGCUGAAAUGAUGAAUUCAAUUGUGGACAUGAUUAUAGGGUUAGGCAAACGAAUGGGACGCAUGGAAGAUUUUAUGAAUGAGAAAGUUCAUGAGAAGGCAAGGAAUUCACUCGAGCUUUCUUAUAUGUUGCCAAAACAUAUGAUGGAGAAACGGCCUUCCGACACACCCCCGGUCAUCGUGGAAAACGAUAGACAGCUUGCACACUUAAUCACAUUGUCAAAAGCGAAGACAAUCCGUCUUUAUGUUGCAUUGCAAACAAUCAGUUGUCGUCGUGACACUGCUGAACCUACGGAAGUCAGAGACAUCGGGUUUGUGGAUUUUAAUAAUAUGGGUACAGAUUAUAACAGAGGCUGUUUUCACUCUGCGACGGCCCGCCUCUCCCCUGCAAUGCCGAUGAAAUCCCCACGGUAUUCUCGUCACCGAGAGGCUGAUGCGAAAUGUAUUGGGAAAUUAUAUGUUGAUUUCGCUAGAUGUGGCAGUGAUCUAAAACAAAUCAAGCCUUUCCAUAUAAGGCAGUGGAUGAAGUCAGCACGUGGUGUCGACACCGGCUACACGAAAGCGCACAGUGCGUUGGCAUAUGCACGAGAGAUUGUCAAAGGCACUGCUCGUGCUGGUUAUUCGGACUUACCUGCCUAUCUGUACAAAAUAAAGAUAGCCAAUCCAGAGUCCAUUAAUGGCCGUCUCAAGGAUGACAGAUCAUUUCCUAUUGCCUUUUUUGUGGAUGCUAUUAGAGGGCUGCUGUCAAGUUGGUUUGUUGAGAGGCGAGAAGAAGCUGCCUCAUUAAAAACAAAAUUUAGUAAAAAGGUUGAAGGCUUACUUCAUGAAAGACACGGUAAACAGGACAAUUUAAGUGUUCAAUUUAUUGAUUCAAACCGUAGCUUAGUUACCGGUGGAGAAUUUGACUGUCUGGUAGAUCUACAUGAGGUAAGCCAAAUAAUUGUGAAUUUUAAAUUAUCUUGUCGGAUUCUCAAAGCUAUGCGAGGCGGUGGACGAGCCGUAGGCCAACGCCUCUGAUUAUAUUUCUUUUCUUUGGCAGAGACGUUGUACAUGUAGACAAUUUGAUGUCGAGAAGAUUCCCUGCGAGCAUGCGAUAAAAGCAGCAGAUAGUC